GACCCGGCCCGCGCUUUUUCUGCAGCCUUCACAGCAGUCCCCGUCCGGAGCUGCGCGCAGCAUGCCAGUUGCCGGCUCCGAUGCCGGCUCCGACCUUCUGCCGCCGACUGCAGCACAGGACCCGGGCCCGGAGCCCUUGGCGCCGCAUGGGGAGCUGCAGUACCUGCGGCAGGUGGAGCACAUUCUGCGUAGCGGCUUCCACAAGGAGGACCGCACCGGCACCGGCACGCUGUCUGUGUUCGGUAUGCAGGCGCGCUACAGCCUACGAGAUCAAUUUCCCCUGCUGACGACCAAGCGUGUGUUUUGGAAGGGUAUUCUGGAGGAGCUGCUGUGGUUUAUUAAGGGAUCUACAAAUGCCAAAGAACUGUCAUCCAAGGGCGUGAAAAUUUGGGAUGCCAAUGGGUCUCGAGACUUCCUGGACAGCCUGGGGUUUUCUAGCCGCCAGGAAGGGGACCUGGGCCCCAUUUAUGGCUUCCAGUGGAGGCAUUUUGGGGCUGAGUACAAAGAUAUGGACUCAGAUUACUCAGGUCAAGGAGUUGACCAGCUGCAGAAAGUGAUUGACACCAUCAAAACCAACCCUGAUGACAGAAGAAUUAUCAUGUGUGCCUGGAACCCGAAAGAUCUUCCUCUGAUGGCGCUGCCUCCCUGUCACACCCUCUGCCAGUUCUACGUGGUGAACGGGGAAUUGUCCUGUCAGCUGUACCAGCGCUCUGGGGACAUGGGCCUGGGCGUGCCCUUCAACAUUGCCAGCUACGCCCUGCUCACCUACAUGAUUGCGCACGUCACGGGCCUGCAGCCAGGUGACUUUGUGCAUACACUGGGAGACGCACACAUUUACCUGAAUCACAUUGAGCCGCUGAAAACUCAGCUUCAACGAGAACCAAGACCUUUCCCAAAGCUCAAAAUCGUUCGAAAAGUUGAGGCAAUUGAUGACUUCACAGCUGACGACUUCCGGCUGGAAGGGUACAAUCCACAUCCUGCCAUUAAGAUGGAAAUGGCUGUGUAGAGUACUUUUCACGGUGCUAUUGGGUCCUCCUGGGAAGAUGGUGCUGUUGGAAGGACAUGGCCCUGUUUAGAGCUUGAGCCUGGGUGUUUCUGUUUCUAAAGAAAAAAGGAAGUGGGUAAAAAAACUGUCAUUAUUGGCUAAUUUUGGAAGAUGCCAUCCCUGGCAGACACAAGGUGCUUUUUUUUUUUUUUUUUUUUUGUAUCAAAAGAUCUUAAUUUUAGUAAUAAAAGUGCACGAAAAUGCUAAGAUCAUAAGUAACAACAGUGAAAGUUUGUAUAUUAGCAAAAAUGAGUAUAUGCACUUCAGUUGUAUACAGCAAAGCUAAUGUCAUUAGUUGUAUAAAGAUUGUCUUCCCUCAGAUCUAAUCUGUCACCAGUCAGGAUGGAUAGUUUGCUUGUGAACAUUUGCUGUUUCAUUUGUUUUAUAUAUUCCUCUAAUAAAGGAUUAUUUUGCAUUUA